AUAUCGACUCCAUUUAUCCAAAGUUCAAACAUCAUCCAAUAAAAAUCCAACAAUGGCAGAUCCUUAUGAAUUCCUAAUGUGCAUUCACAAUCCUGAAGAAGAUACCCUAACAAGAAAUUUUCCGAUUCCUGCUACUCCCUUAGAUCAAAACACCAAAGACAUUUCUUUAAAUCCUGAUAGGAAAACCUCACUUCGAAUCUUUCGGCCACCAACCAAAGAACCUCCUGUAACAAAGAAUAAGCUGCUUCCUAUCAUAAUUUAUUUCCAUGGUGGAGGUUUCAUUCUUUUCAAUGCAGAUUCAACUAUGAACCAUGACUUUUGUCAAUCGAUUGCUACACAUAUACCCGCGCUGGUCGUUUCUGUAGACUACCGUCUUGCUCCUGAAAACCGACUUCCCGCUGCCUAUGAUGAUGCUGUUGAUGCUUUAAACUGGGUCAAAGACCAAGGUUUAGGCAAACUAAAUAAUAGUGAAGUAUGGUUAAAAGAGUAUGGUGACUUCUCAAAGUGUUUCAUUAUGGGGUGCAGCUCAGGUGCUAAUGUUGCAUAUCAUGCCAGUUUAAGAGCAAUAGAAAUGGAUCUUGAACCAGCUAAGAUUAAUGGAUUAAUAUUACACUGCCCUUUUUUUGGUAGUCUUGAGAGAACUGAAUCAGAUUCAAAAGUGAUCAACAAUCAGGACUUGCCGCUUGCCGUAAGGGAUGUCAUGUGGGAACUGGCGUUGCCGCUUGGGUCUACUCGUGAUCACGUUUAUUGUAAUCCGAAUAUUGAUCAUGAUGGAUCAUCAUCUGGAAAUAUGGUGGGGUUAAUCGAGAGAUGUUUUGUGGUAGGAUUUUAUGGGGAUCCACUUAUUGAUCGACAAAUUCAGCUGGUGAAGAUGCUGGAGGAAAAAGGUGUGAAGGUUGAAACUUGGAUUGAACAAGGAGGGUAUCAUGGGGUGCUAUGCUUUGACCCUAUGAUACGUGAAACCUUUUUGGAAAAACUAAAACAUUUUAUUUUAAACGACGAAUUUAUAUACUAAAAUAUAUUAUUAGUAUUAAACAAUGAAAUUCUUAUUUUUUCUAAAAUGAGCUUUUGGACGAAACAUUGUGUACGAACUAGCUGAUGUAAUUUUUCGUUUUACCGGAUUUUUCAUUUUUUUUGCUUUCUUUCUGCUCUCUUUUAUAAGUCGUUCUUGCUCUGUGUCAUCGCAUCUGUUUCGUUUCCUACCUUCUUUAUAUAUAAAUUCUUGUACUUUCCAUUGUGAAACUCCUGAGCAUAUUAUUUUCCAUUGUGACUUUGUUUUA